AUGCGGCCAUCAGGCUACACGAAGCAGGUGAACGAGAGCCCAGACGAGGAUAUGAUGGGCUCGAACACGAGAGUGUCGCUCGACAGCAAAUUCGCGUCGGCCGUUGGUGCGUACCCCUGUUUCCCGGCACCUCUGCCAAUCCCCGGGACGGUUCCACACUGGCUGCUGUCACGGCAGCAGGCAGCUGCGGUUUCACUAGUCCAGCCAUCCUAUCCGGUGUACGGGAUGGCGCAGAGCGGUGCGGGCGCACACCGCGGCUUCAUAGCUGUACCUAAGCAGGAGACAUUGGCGGGAGGAGAGGAUUCGGAGGAAGAUGGAGAGGGCGAGAACGAGCCAGGAACAAAGCCGACCAAGUACACAGGGGUCUAUGUGGAGGCCGAUACAGGCAAGUAUGGGGUGAAGAUCGUCGCAAAAGACAAGGAGGGGAAGAAGAUAACGAAGAGAGUCGGCGCGUACACCACGAUAGAGGAGGCAUCGUAUUGCUACGCAGCAGCUGCCCACGUGCUGAGGCCUGGUAAAGGCACCCGGAACUCUGUGGCUUUAACACCGGCUGAUAAGGCAGCUCUGAGGGGGGUCGGCAAACAAGCGCUGGUGAGUGACUCGCCCGAUUCGCGUUCCAAUAGCAACGGUGCUCCUCGUCAGGCGAACCAGAAUCGAGGGGAGGACGUAGAAGGGGGCAAACAGGCACACAUCGUGAGCAAUAUAAACGCAUCCGAAGAGGAGGAUGACAAGGAUGUGGGUGACGCAAUGCGCACGAUGUUCGAAACCAACGCGUACCGCGAGAAUGAUGCUGUGGACACGCAUGGCGAGGAGGUGCGCGUUUCCGCGGGAGUAUUCAGGAGCCUGCUUAAGUCGCAGGACGAGAGCGCGCAGAAGGUGGCCCGCUUGGAAACUCUGCUUUUGGAGGCGCUGGCAAAGUCCGAUGGGGGGUCCCGUCGGCGCAAGGCGGAGCGGCAGAGGGAUCCCGGGCAGGGAUGCAUGAACCCAAAGCGCCAGCGUCGCGGCGAGGCAGUGGCAGACGUUGAGGAGGAUGACGAUGAGGAGGAGGACGACGACUACGAAGACAUGGCACAGAUUUGCACGCUGAUUGACCGCCUGCCGCAUAGCUUCGCGUGCCUUGCGCUUGCCGCGGACAAGUCCCGCCGUGCUGACCUUAACAAGACGCUGAGCGAGUGGAAGACAAGGGCUGCCGGACGGGUCCGGGACAUUGCGCUCCCUAAGCUUGGAUUCUUCCAUGAUCAGCGCGACGAGGCAAGCCCGUGGGCAAGGGACAACGCACGCACGCUGGAGCAGAUUCGGGAGCGCAUUGGGCUCGGUGCGGAGGAGAGCGGUAAGCGGUGUUCUGGUGCUUUUAGACAGUGGUGUUCGACAGCAUCAUGUAUUGGGAGCAGAGGAUGGGCCGCCUCUCUAACUCGGCCGGGGGGGAACGGCCACGUCGUGAACGGGCUCAAGGUGCUUGUGAAGGGCUCCGUUUCACAGGCCAUCCGUCACUUCAAUCCCGAGUACGACAACGAGAAGGAGGAAUGGAUAUGGGGACGCCAUGGCCUCCGCCUUUCUGCCUGUGGUCUUGAGAAUAUGAAGCCUAAUGCUGGCGCUAGCGGCGGAGACGUCGCCGGGAAUGAUGUGCAGUCGGUGUCAAACGGGGGUGUGUAG